UUUUUUUUUUCCCCUCGGCAAUGGGAACAGAGCAGCUCUUUGUGGGUUAUUAUUUUCUUUCCAGAGAUUUUUUUUUUUAAUCUUUCUCAGAUAAACUUCUAUUUUUUUUUCCUUUUAAAAAAAAAAAAAUCGUUCUUCUGAGCUUUCAGUAUUAGUUAAACGUAGUUUUUCUUCAGUAGUAUUAGAGGCAGCCAGGAUUUUAAAUCUCCUGGACUCUUUGGGGAGGGAGCACGGGGGGGUCUGGGCUCGGUGAAUCCGCAGUGAUUUGCUCCGCUGGAGUUUCAGCGCCCAGGCUGCACCAGCGCUACCUGCUCCAGCUUUUCCUCCAACGCCUGGCUCUUUUUUUUUUUUUUUUUUGGGAGGUGGAAGCAGGAAUUCUGCCCAUGGCCGAAAGAUGUGCCCUACUUUGGAUAUUCCUGCAUUGAAUGUCUGAGGAGCUCCAGCCGAUCCUGAGCCAUGUCGCAGAUGUUGCACAUAGAGAUUCCCAACUUCGGGAACACCGUGCUGGGCUGCCUGAACGAGCAGCGCCUGCUGGGGCUCUACUGCGAUGUCUCCAUCGUGGUGAAGGGCCAAGCCUUCAAGGCUCACCGGGCUGUGCUGGCCGCCAGCAGCCUCUACUUCCGAGACUUGUUCAGUGGGAACAGCAAAAACGCCUUUGAGCUACCGGGGACCGUCCCCCCCGCUUGCUUCCAGCAGAUCCUGUCCUUCUGCUACACCGGCAAGCUGACCAUGGCAGCCAGCGAGCAGCUGGUGGUGAUGUACACGGCGGGCUUCCUGCAGAUCCAGCACAUCGUGGAGAAAGGCACGGACUUGAUGUUCAAGGUCAGCUCUCCCCACUGUGACUCUCAGACCACCAUGAUCGAAGACCCCAGCUCGGAGCCGCAGAGCCCCUGCAACCAGCUGCAGUCGGCCUCGGCUCCUUACGUCAUGUCCCCCUCCAUGCCCAUCCCGCUCCUCACGCGCGUCAAACACGAGAACCUGGAGCUGCAGGCCCUGCCAGGCCUGCCUGGCAAGCGGCCCCUGGAGCCCGGAGCGCGGGACGGGCCCGGCGGCGCCGGCGGCACCGGCGCGGGGCCCCUGAAGCUGUCGCGCGUCUCCUACUACGGCAUGCCCAACCUGGCCACGCUGAUCCCCAACGUGCAGCAGGUGCAGUACUCGCAGGGAGAGCGCACCAGCCCCGGCGCCAGCAGCAUCCCCACCACCGACAGCCCCACCUCGUACCACAACGAGGAGGAUGAGGAGGAUGACGAGGCCUACGACACCAUGGUGGAGGAGCAGUACGGGCAGAUGUACAUCAAGUCGUCGGGAGGUUACUCUGUUGCCCAAGAGAAGGCAGAGCAGAUCCCGCUGGAGAACCGCUCGUGUGUCCUGAUCCGCCGGGACCUGGUGGCUCUCCCUGCCAGUCUCAUCAGCCAGAUCGGAUACCGCUGCCACCCAAAGCUCUACUCAGAGGGAGAUCCUGGAGAAAAACUCGAGCUGGUUGCAGGCUCAGGCGUUUACAUCACCCGGGGGCAGCUGAUGAAUUGCCAUUUAUGUGCAGGUGUCAAACACAAGGUCCUGCUCAGACGUCUCCUGGCCACCUUCUUCGAUCGGAACACCCUUGCCAACAGCUGUGGAACUGGAAUCCGGUCCUCCACCAGCGAUCCCAGCAGGAAGCCCUUGGACAGCAGGGUCCUUAAUGCAGUCAAAUUGUAUUGUCAGAAUUUUGCCCCGAGCUUUAAGGAGAGCGAGAUGAACGUGAUCGCGGCCGACAUGUGCACCAACGCGCGGCGCGUGCGCAAGCGCUGGCUGCCCAAGAUCAAAUCCAUGCUGCCCGAGGGGAUGGAGAUGUACCGCAGCGUCAUGGGCUCCUCCACAAACACUGCCCCCCUGGAGCCCGACUUCCAGCCCAACACUGCUCAGGUCUUCGAGCAGCGCAUCUAUGCAGAGAGGAGGAGCGACUCGGGGACUAUCGUAGCCUUGAGAACUAACACAGUGAAUGUAGAGCUGAGCAACGGAUCCGCGCAGUCCUUCGAGCAGGGCGAGGACGCCGAGGGCGCCGGCUCCGUCAUCCAGGAGGCAGCUGCCACAGAAGCCCUGGCCUCAGAAACCCAAAGCACUCCACAACCUUUCGAGCAAGGCUCGGGCUCCUCCAGCCGGCCCGAAAGCCCCGUGAGAAGACAGGAUGGUACUUAUGGAGGGACUUUAUAAAGAGAGCAAACAUUUCGUGACCUAUAAGGGAUCUGUAAUACUAAAGCUGCUUGCAUGCAUUACUAAUACAAAACAAAACAAAUGUGAUCAAGCCACUUACCUACUGAACUGCUACUGUUGCCUGAAAAAAAUGUGAUUUUUAUUCUGCUUGUAUUUAAAAUUUAUGAAGGAAAUAAUCGCAUUCGUUAUACUGUAAACGACUAGGUCUGUGGCGACCUACUUAAAAAAAUAUUGGGCUCCUUUUUUGAUAUUCCUGAGGUUAGUCUAUAAGAUUGUAGCUUUUUCUUUUUGUUUUUUUUUUUUUUCCUUUCCUUUCCUUUUUAUUUUUUUGGGGUUUUUUUUUGUUUGUUUGUUUGUUUUAAGAAGGGGAGGAGAAAAGCUAGCCACCCCCCACCCACCACCACCCCGUCAUCACCCCAUCCAUCACUCAGCUCAGAAGUAAAGCCAUGGUUAACCUUG